CAUAUUUUUGUUUUCACCGAUGAUCUACUUUGAUUUGCCUCUUAAUUUAUUGUUUCCUUUCCCAAGUAUUUCCUUUAUCAAUUGUCUACUUUCCUAUGUGAUCUCCUUAUAUAUUUGGUUAUCAUUGUAAGAGAGGGAUUAUUAUGAAAAGAUUGAAUAAGACAGGAAGUGUUUUAUCUUCUUUUUUUAUCUUUUUUUUAUCUUUUUUUUUUUUUCCCCACUUGUGAUAUUUUCGGAAGACACAGUUCUUCAAUAUACUCGUUUUUCUUCUUUCAUGUCUUCCACUACACCAACUUUGGCAUUUGAGCAAGGUUUUAUCUGGUUUAAUGGCAAGAGAUAAUUCCCAAGAUGAAGAUUGUGGCAUACAGGCCAUUUGGGCAGUCGUUAAUUCUCAAGAAGCAAUGUUUUGAAGGGAUUGAACGCAUGUUACUAGAGAUUCAAAUAGCCAUCACAGGCAUUCAUGUUGGUGGUGACAAGAAUCAAGAUAAUGAGGGUGCAAACCAUCCAAGGGGAGGUCGUAGUUUUAUGCAUCGGCAGAGGGAUCAAGCAGACAAUUCUUCUAGCAAUGAAGAACUGGAAGGUUUUGUCCGUGGGAACCAAGAUGGCAAGAGAGCUUCAUGCAACAACCACAAUUUUAGAAUUAAAUUUGACUUACCAUGCUUCAAUGGCCACCUUCAUGGUGAGAUCUUUCUUGAUUGGAUGCUUGAGGUGGAGAAGUUUUUUUACUACAUGCAAAUUCCUCAAGCACAACAAGUAAAAUUGGUUGCUUAUAAAUUGAGUGGUGGUGCCUCGGUCUGGUGGGAACAAAUGCAAAACAAUAGGAGGAGACAAGGCAAACAACCAGUGUGCAUAUGGCCAAAGAUGAAAAGACUGAUGAGGGCGUAGAUGCAACCAACGUGUCAGCUACAUGCUAUGAUUCUAGAAGAUCCAAUUAAGCGGUGGGGAAAGCAGAGUUCCAGCCAUGCACCAUGACAACAUCAGUGCCUGAAGUUGCAGCAUCAACUUGCCUUUUUAGAUAUUCCUGUUCUCACUGAUGAUCUACUUUGAUUUGCCCCUUAAUUUAUUGUUUCCUUUCCUAAGUAUUUCCUUUAUCAAUUGUCUACUUUCCUUUUGUAAUCU